AAUCAAAAAAAAUUAUUAUAAAAUAAAAAUAAGAUGGGACAAAACAAAAGUAAAUUAGAGAAUGGAAAGAAAUCUCAUCUUCACUAUUAAGUUUAUUAGAUUUUAGAUGAAUUCAAAGAGAUUGAAGAGAAAUACUUUUAUUAUAGAAAAUAGGCUUAUAUGGCGCAUGAUCCAACUAAUUAUUAGGAAUAUUUAGAAUAAGAUUUAGACAUAAUUGAUGAAACCAAAUUUUUUAUCGAGUAGAUAGAAAGAUUUCCUUCAAUUGAAUUGAUAUCGGCGUUUGUCAAAUAUUUAGAUUUCAUUUAUCGUUCUUAUGAAUAAUUCAAAUAAGUUUAAUAACAGCUCCAAGUUGUGCAGAAUAAACUUCAUUUCAUGCAACUUGAUUUAAAUAAUUCAUAAAAUUUCUAAGGAAUUUCUUAGUUAGUGAAAGACAAAUUUUCUUAUGUAUAAUCACUAUCUUUUUAAAUUCACCAACAAAAGUAAAGCUCUCUAAGGACAAAAAUUAACCUCUUAAAAAAUAUUUUGAAUACUUUGCAAUAUCAAUACUAAGAAGAAACAUUAAAUGGAUAUAUGAACUGCUUGGAAGAUAUAUCUACUCAAUAUUCUAGUUAGAUGAUAGCUAUUUCAGAAUCUGACUCUUCAUCUCAGCACUGA